CUUUUCCAAAGAGCCAUGGACCAGAUUCUCAGUGGGAUACCAGGGGUCCAGUGCUAUCUCGAUGAUCUGCUCAUCACGGGACCGGAUGAGCAGUCACACUUGAGGAAUCUGGACAUCACACUGCAAAGAUUGGAGGAAUAUGGCCUGAGAGUUCGGAAGGAUAAGUGUGAGUUUUUCCGGCCUUCUUUUGAAUACCUGGGGCAUGUAAUCGACAGCACAGGACUCCACAAGGCACCAUCAAAGGUGAAGGCUGUUGUAGAGGCUCCAUCUCCGAAGAAUGUAAGUCAGCUGAGGUCGUUCCUGGGCCUCCUAACAUACUAUGCAAAGUUUGUGCCUAACCUUGCAAAUGCAUUGAAACCUCUGCAUGAACUUCUGAACAAAACUAAGAAAUGGAAGUGGACGUAUAAAUGUGAGACAGCUUUCAAGGAAGUGAAGACAGCGCUGUCACAAUCUGAGGUCCUCACUCAUUUUGACCCCACAUUGCCAAUUCAGCUGGCAUGUGACGCCUCACCUUAUGGUGUGGGGGCAGUAGUGUCACACAUAAUGCCAUCGGGCGAUGAAAGGCCCAUCGCUUUUGCAUCAAGGACAUUGAGUAAAGCAGAAAGCAAUUACGCCCAAAUCGAGCGUGAGGCACUAUGUAUAGUGUUUGGGGUGAAAAUAUUUCACCAGUACCUUUAUGGCAGAAAAUUCACGUUAUUGACUGACCAUCGGCCUCUCACCUCCAUUUUUGGUUCCCAUACUGGCAUUCCAUCGCUUGCUGCCAGCCGUAUGCAGCGAUGGGCUCUUUUACUGUCUGCCCACCAGUACGACAUUAAAUAUAGGAAGGCAGAUCAGCACGGAAAUGCUGAUGGGCUGUCAAGACUUCCACUGCCGGUCACACACAUUGAGCCGAAACAGGCUGAGAUAUUCUACUUCAAGGAAGCGGCUGCUACCCCAGUGACCUCAGCUCAUGUGAAGAGACACACUCGCAAUGACCCAAUCCUGUCUGAAGUUAUGGACAUCAUUGCUUGCGGCAGAAAAGGAGAUAUGACCCAAAGCUUAAAGCCAUAUCUGAUGAGGAGAAAUGAGCUUUCAGUACAGUCUGGAUGCUUAUUGUGGGGCUAUCGUGUCAUUAUUCCUCCACCAUUAAGAGAAAAAGUGCUUGAUGAGCUUCACUCUGGGCACUGUGGUGUAGUGCGAAUGAAAGAAAUGGCACGCAGCUAUUUCUGGUGGCCAAGCCUGGAUGCAGCUAUAGAAGAAAAAGCCAAGUCAUGCUCUGCCUGCCAGAAACUGAGAAACCUCCCACAGCUGGCUCCCUUGCAUCCGUGGGACUGGCCUGAGGAACCAUGGCAAAGAGUCCAUGUUGAUUUUGCUGGACCACUGGAGAACCACAUGUUCUUAGUUGUAAUUGACGCUCAUAGCAAAUGGCCUGAGGUCGCUGUCAUGAAGAGCACCUCGUCAGAGAGAACCAUUGAAGAGUUGAGAUCCAUUUUCAGUCGUAAUGGUCUGCCACAGCAGUUGGUUAGCGACAAUGGUCCACAACUGGUGUCAGAAGAAUUUAAGGCAUUCAUGGAGGAGAAUGGUAUUCAGCACAUCAAGUCUGCGCCCUAUCAUGCGGCUACAAAUGGGCUUGCGGAAAGAUUUGUACAGGCUCUGAAGAAAGCUCUCAAGUCCUCCCCAAGCACACAAACCCUUAACAGGCGCCUCAAUGCUUUCUUGUUGGCGUAUCGAAACACCCCUCAUGCUACCACUAAGGUGUCCCCUGCGUCAGCGAUGUUCAAGAGACAACUCCGCACUCGACUAGAUCUCCUGAAACCUCUAAAGACAAGAGAGGUUGUGCAUCAGCAACAGAAGGCUCAGGUGGAAAGACGGGCAAAUGCAAAAUUGCGGAGUUUCAUGGUAGGAGACCGGGUUCUUGCUAGGAACUACACCAACGACAUAAAGAGGAAACCAGUGACCAUCGCAUCUGGAGAAGACACCUCGACCAACUGCUGCACACUUAGGGAUCUCAUGAUGACUCACGCCAGCCGACAUCUUUUGUUCCGGAGCUGUGUCCUUCCCUGGAGCAGCCUCAAACCCCAGACACGGCUGCUGUUCGAAGUGCACCUGGAUCUGCUCCUGGCACACCGGAACCUGCACGAGUACCUGCCUCAGGUUUCACUUCACCCAGACCAGAACCCACACCAUCUACAGUGA